AUUUCACAUGUUUCACUGGAUUUAACAUUCACCUUGAUAUUUAGGGGGCGGAGGGUUGAUCUGUAUAAAGAGACGAGGCAGAGAGACGUCUUCACAACAGCAUCCACUAACAGGUGAAAACACUUCUCCUCAAGCUUAAAGGAUAAAGAUAAAUUCAUCUACUUGAAUGAUGAAGGUCUCCGCACUCGUCUCCUUCCCCCGUUCAACCGCUGCCAUGCUCAUCCUGCUGCCGCUGCUUCUGGUUGGCUGGGCCGAGCAGGCAGCGGCGGUCCCUGUGAAUCAGGCACUCAGUGCACCGCUGCAAGACCCCGAGACAUACCAGGCUGUCCGUGAAGUGUCACAACACGCUCAGAGUAUGCAGACGGAGGGCAUGACCAACACCAGACUAAUUCCCAAAGACCACCUGAAAAUCUGCUGCCUCCAUGCCAACAUCCUGGACUUUUACCUGAACAACAUCCUGCCUCACCAUGACAACCAGCAUGCCAGCAUGCACCGCCUGAGGACUGACCUCACCCGUGUCAGCGAGGAUCUGCAGACUCAAGGCUGCAAAGUGGCUCACUACCGCGACCAUCAACACGCUGUGGAGUUUCGCAGGAAGCUCAAGAUGGAGGGCCAGCAAGGCAUAAUCAAAGCAGUGGGAGAGAUCGACAUCCUGUUCACCUACCUGCAGGACUUCUGUGUUCAGCCGUAAAACGACAACGCAGCUGCUGCACACUGAUGCCUCUACUGUUUCUACUGAAUGCGGAUGCUUUUCUAUUGAUCAUAUUUAUCACCUUUUAUACCAAUAACUUUUAUACUUUUAUUUAUUGAUCUAUUUAAUUAGAGAACAUAUUUAACAUUUUAAAAAAUAUAUUAAAAUACAAUAUUUAUAUUGAUGUUUGAUUGAGUCAGUUAUAGAUCUAUUUUUUGAUCAAAAUGUUUUAAUACCUGAGCUGGAAUGACUCUGGUGUUGAUCCUGUUGCCAUGUUACUGUAUGGCAGAUUAUUAUGGAGGGUGUUACAGUAUUUAAAUGUCUC